AACAACGCAGCGAGAUGUCUGUGGAUGGGAUGGUGAUGUAUCCGCAAACCGCCACAGAUGAGAGUGACACGGAUCUGGAUGACGCUGACACCAAGUCGGGUACAGGCAGUGACAACGGCGUGGUCUUGGCAACCAGGCAGGCGCACGCCAAAGUGUACAACAACUGCAAGCUGUCGAGCAGCAUCCCGCCGGUCGGAAGCUGCAUCCAGAAGAUCACCGUCUACGAAACUAAAUCG